AUGCUAGCAGCUGUAAACAUUAGAACCCGGAAGUACUCCCGGAGAGUCCACACUGUCAGAAGGAGACAGAUCUGCGUCCGUGGGUCUCUCCAGUGGGCUCUGGACGUCUACAAUCAGCUCCAUGACACUCAAAGCAGCUUUGUCACAAUGUCUGCACUUUGGGGCUGCUGCUGCUACUCUGUUUACUGCUCUACUGCCACAUCUAACGCAGCGUCUGGAACAGCACAUGCACAGUGCUGCUUUGGUUUCUUUACGGGACGAAUACCAGCACGGCAGAUCAUCUCUGUCACCAAGACUCCGAGCAGAUGUCAUGAGAAUGGAUUUAUCAUCACUGAUGCCAAAGGGAGAGACAUCUGCGUGAGCCAGAAUCUUCCAUGGGCACAGAAGGCUUUCGAACAACAGCAACUCAACAUCGAGUCAGCAGCAAAUCCACAGCAAGGCAACAGCAAGCACUAAUCGUCAUCCUCAGUGCUAAUAAUCAGACAACUGCAGCUAUCCAACCUCCAGCCAUGAUAAAGCUCUGCCUAUCUACUUAAUGACGUCUUUUCAUAUUAGAAAAACCUCUUUGCACUGUGUAUUUUUGUGCAGUUAUUAACAGGUGUUAACCAUUUUACUCUGCUUAGCUCUUCAUCAUUAAAUUUUCAUCUUACAAAAUGUGCAAAUGUACUCACUGAUAAAAUGAAAAAUAAAUGUGCAUAGAUACUGA